AUGUCGACACCAUCUACAAAGAAGUCGUCCGCCGAGGAAGAAUUGGAAAAGCAGUAUCGCGAUUACAAAGCUCAAUUUGAUCAAUGGAAAGAGAAGAACAAAAGUUCUAUCGGUACCGAUGCUUACGAUGCCUAUGUGAAGCAGUUCCAAGAAUGGGAAAAAGAUGUGGAAAAACGCAGGAAGUCGCUGAGAGAAAAGGCAGAACGAGAGGCGAAUGAAUUACGAGCUCAAAAGGAAGAAGAAGAAAAGGCCAAACGAAUACAAGAAGCCAAAGAAGCAGAAGCAGCAGCAGCAUAUGCACAGUCUCAGCAGGCGUAUAUAGCUCACCAUCAGGCUGCAUUAGAACAGGAACACCAGCGAUUGCAGGCACAGCAACAAGCUGCACAAUUGGCUGCUCAAGUUGUUGUUCAGCAGCAGCCGCCAUUUGCAAAUCCGCCCCAACAUGUUACCCAGCUGACUGCUCAGGUUCCGCAAGGUGAUUUGAAUGCAGAAAACGUUUUCAAAGAAAUGGUUAAUGUUGUAAUGGGAGGAGCAGCGGCCGCGUUAGGGACAACUGUUACACAGCAACCUCCUCCAUCCAUGCCAGGAGCGCCUGGUCCCGCUGGGCCGCCGCCACAACUUUGGGGGAACACAAAAGUGACAUACGACAUGAAGGAUCCACUGUUUCUCAGAUGGGGAGCUCGAGCGGCACCCGCACACAAUCCACCUUGUAUCAGGCCACCCAUGCCUGUUGGACCUUGUUGGAUGUUAGAAAAUGCGCUCAGGGAGAAUAAAUUGGCAGUGGCUCCUGGUCCAAACCUUCCUCCGCCAAUAUUCAUUCAGCCACCACCAGUAAUCUGA